AAGUGCUAUUAGUGCGGCGGCGGUGACGCAGCGCUCACUGAAGAGUGCUUCACGCGCUUCGGCAGUGGCUCGAUCGGUUGUGCUCGAGUGAAAAUGGCCUCGUCCUUCUGGAAAGGUGUUGUCGGUGUGGGCCUUUUCGCCUUGGCACACGCAGCUUUUUCCGCGGCGCAGCACCGAUCCUACAUGCGACUGACAGAAAAAGAGAACGAAACAUUACCUAUCGAUAUAGUGUUACAGACUUUGUUAUCGUUUGUGAUCACGUGUUACGGCAUCGUUCACAUCUCAGGUGAAUUCAAAGACAUGGAUGCUUCUUCAGAGCUCAAAAACAAGACAUUUGACACAUUGAGAAAUCACCCGUCUUUCUACCUGUUCAAUCACCGAGGCCGAGUACUCUUCCACCCUCCAGAACAAGAGCCCUCCACUCCCAGCGCCCAGGCCUUGCCCUCCAAUCCCCUGCGGUUACGCAAGCUGGAAAAUUAUCAUUGAGACUGGCCUUCAGUGGGCUGCCUUGCCCAGUUUCAUUUGAUUAUUUCUUAAAUUUAUUUGUUAGCUCCUCGGUUGAAAGGGAAAAUAAGCAUAUUUUCCUGUCUUGUUGUAUAUGUGAAUAUGCUGUACAAACAUGCAUCUCUUGUGGUUACUAUUUUGUCAAUGGACUGUGCCAACUCCUUUUCCAGCUGAUAUGUUUGUAAAUACUUGUUAUUGCUUGGGAGUCUUAAAUCUGUAGGUUACGGCUGUAGCCCUCCGCUUGGCUGUCUCACACAGGGCACGAAUCAUACCAUGUACAAUGUCGGUUUGCCACAUUUUUGGCUGAACUGACCCUAACUGCAACCGGUUCUUCCCUGUCCCCGUCUGAAUUGAGGUCAAUGUUGUGGACCAUAAAUUGUAUUAGUGUUCAGAAGCAGUAGCUCUGAUUACCGAACUUCAGAUUUGAGCUCAUAAUACUGAAAAUGAUUAAAACUAUUAAAACAUGUCUGAACAAGGCCAUAAUAGAUUAUGUAGAUUGAUAGCAAUUCUAACAAUACUGUGAACACUCAGUGGGAAUGAAUGGUAAAUUUUUUGGUUUUUUGAGGAGGGGGGAGGGGUUUGGGGUAAUGUUUUCUGAUUUAUGUCUUGUUGAGACACAACUCCUUAUUUUUACCUUAAUAAAAUCUGAAAUUUUAUUGAUGAAUUUGCAAUUUGGAUGAAAUCCAUUUUUUUUUUUUUGCUUCUUUUUGUAAGUACAGUCUGUCUGGAUUUUUUAAAAACUAGAUUAACAUGUUCAUUUUGUACUAUCUCCAUUGUUAUGCAAUGCUAAGGCCUGCUAACUGGCCAAAAACGUUUUUAUGUUAUGCUAUAAACAAUUUUAUGUGUGGAUUGAUGGACAUAUAUGGGUGUGGUACAUCAACCUGGUUACCCAUUGUUUUCUAUGUAAGCAGAGAAUGGGCAGUUGAAAUGGUCUGAUUUAAGCCUGUAAUUAUACUAAUCCUUCACUAAGCCACUUUUUUUUUGUUAGAGGAGACCUGCUAAGUACCAGCAAUGGCAACCCCCUUAUCCCAGCGCUGUUUAGUCUCCUCCUCUGGCAUUAAUUGCUGCUUGACAUUGUUUUAAACAUGGAGAUCAUAUUU